UUUAAUAUUAAUGAAACUUUUAAACAAUUUUGUAACUUUCAAAACAUAAAUUCUCUAAAAUGUGAAACGUUAUAAAAAUUGAAUGGGUCACCCUUUUUUCACAAGACUAGUCACGGCCGAUUUUACGUACCUAAAACAAUAGAUUACCGAAAAUCUAUCAGCGCAGUCAUUUCUUAACUGGACAAACUUAAUAUAGAACAAAGUGCUCAAAUAUCCCAAUCCUAACCAAAUGGAAGUCUGCGUUGAAUCAGUACAGUCAGCCAUCAAUGCAGAAAAUGGUGGUGCAAGUCGAAUUGAGCUGUGUGCUAAUUUAUUAGAAGGAGGAACUACACCCAGCAUUGGUAUGCUGCAAGUGAUCAAGGAACUAGUUUCAAUCCCAGUUUUUGUCAUGAUCAGGCCAAGGGGAGGUGACUUCUGCUACUCCCCACCAGAAAUACAAGUCAUGUUAGCAGACAUCAGAGCCCUUAAAGCUGCAGGAGCUGAUGGUUUUGUUUUUGGAAUCCUUACAGUUGAUGGUGAAGUGGAUACUGUAAAAUGUAAAGUGUUGCUAGAUGCUGUUCGUCCCCACCCUGCAACAUUCCACAGAGCCAUAGAUAUGUGUUGUGACAUUAACCAAGCCUUGACGAGGGUGAUGGAUCUGGGCUUUGAGCGGGUCCUGUCCAGUGGGGGUUGUGCUGCAGCCUAUGAGGGGAGAGAAGUUCUUCACACAAUGGUGCUUCAGAGUCAAGGCUCAAAGACAAAAGUUAUGCCAGGUGCUGGGAUUACUGUAGACAACCUACAAGAGAUAUUAGCACUCUCAGGGGCAGGAGAGUUCCAUGGGACUGCUAGAGAGAGCAUGGAGUCUUGCAUGAAGUUUACAAAACCAGGACUCUCUAUGGGCUCAACCACUAUACAAAUUACAUCUACAAAAAUUGUACAGCAGUUACUCUCUAUUUUUAAUUCUAUUGUCAAUAAAAGAAAUUAAAAAUAU